AUGCCCCUGGCAGGACUGCAGAUGUCGUCUAGUCUUGCUGAUUUGGAGAAAAUAGCAAGAUGUAGCAAGAUGGAGCUACCCCGCACAAGCAUACAAUCGCCUCGCCACGCCGGAGAACUUGAUGCUGGAGUCCUGGACAAAUUCUGUGCACCCUGCGCAACCGAUGCGUUCAUUUCCAUGAUUUGCAAAGAACACUUCCUGCAGUCGGCGUCGCUGCCAUUUGCUUACUUUGCCUUGAUUCAGAACGGGAGCCACCUCAAAGAUAGGGCCACCUCAAAAAGCGAGCUACCUUGGAUUUGCUACUAA